GAUCCUAAACCCGACUACAAAAUUGCACGAAACUGGGAGUCAGGACAUACCAAGAAGCAAGUUUAUCUCUACAAUCCGACAUUCAUUGGCCAAGGUAUUGGAAGUAUAAGUGGCGGGACAUCUUCAAAGAGAGAGGCUCCGGUUCCUGAAAAUCAGAACUAUAAUGAAGUUCCCAAAAGAGCAAAAAUUGAAGAUUGGUUUCAGCCUCGUACUCCGCCACAUCAAAUCUAUUCGCGAAAUGCUUACCCGCAUUGGGUCCAGGAAAGUCGAAUAAUGGACUAUUAUCUAAUGAUUCAGAAGAUCGUUCCUUAUACUAAAGUUCAUAUUGGCAUAAAUGAAUCACCUGUUGAAGCAUCACCCUCCAAAGCUUCGAGGACUUACGAUGCUUCAAAAACUUUUGAUUAG